UCUAGCUCAUUAGCCAGUACACGUUUCCCCGACAAUAAAAAACAUCUAGAUAGGAUGGCCGACCAGGGGAGCAAGACGACGAGCUGGUGGAGGAGGUUCCGGUGGCUAUUUGCGGUGCGGUGCACGUUAGCGUGCGUGGUCACCCUGGUGGCCGUGGGAGUGAUCGCUCGGGCGGUGGUGGUGAUGCUCCGCCCCGAGAAGCUCCAGCUGAAGCUCGCCGGCGGCCGUGUGGCUGUCGACUACAUCCCGUCGCUGCCGCCGCCGCGCAACGUCGUGGUCUUCAGGGUCGUCCUGAAGGCCAACAACCCCGGCGGGCGCGCCACCAUUGUUUACGCCAACGUCACCGUCCGGCUCACGGACGCGUCUGCGGGACCUGCUGCGAGGAUCACCGAGUUCGACCUGCCGCAGCGCAUCGACGUGGCGCAGCGUAUGGCGCACGAGGCGACCGCGGUGGCCGGGCUGGAGCCGGGGGAGGACCUGCCGAUGCGGUACGUGCGCCCCCUCUACGAGGGGCGCGGCGUAUCCGGCGCGGAGAUGGAGCUGAGCGGGGUCUUGUCCACCCACACGGCGAUGGCCACCACCAGCGUCCUCACCACGUACUACUGCUGGCCGGUGACCAUCACCAUCGUCGUGGGCGACUCCGCCGCGGACGUGCCCUGCUUCGACAAGCUGGACGCGCCGGCCCAUGUGUGAUCAAUCAAGCGAGCGGGCAAGGCUACAGAUCGACCUAGCUAGCUUGGUACCAUAAUGUAAGAUGUUUUUUGACUCUAGUGUUGUGUUAAAAAACGUCUUACACCUAUCUGUAGACUGUACUAUUGUAGUAGGCUCGAUGAUCCGUGCAUGGUUAAUGCCUGCCAUGACGAGUUAUUUGCGUUGAAUUAACUCUAGCUGCAGUGCAGCAGCGUGAGUAUGAAUAUAUAUUUA